AUGACAACUACAAGCUCACAAGUCAGCACUCCAUGGGGAGAUGCUAAUGAAACUGGAGUAGCGCCCGUGUGGGAAGAAGCAAAUCUAACCAAUCCAUACCUGUGGGAAAGGGAUAUUUGGUACCCUGCAGGAUUACCGUCUUUCAAUUUCACCUUUGGUAUUCCGAUGGGCAGCGUCGAAGACGAUUUUCCAACUGUUAUGCAGGCCCAACUUGGACUAGGCAAGAACUCAUCUUUUCUUGAAUUCUUCAAAGGCGCGGGAUAUAUCGGAGCAAGAGCGUAUUCAGUCUUCUGGGGUCGACUGAAUGGGCCAGCUGAGCAGCGGACUUCCGGCGCAUUGAUCCUCGGCGGAUAUGAUAAAUCAUUCAUAGACUCGUCCACUGGAACCCAGAUCUCAGGGGAAAUCAUGCCAAGUGAACCCGGGGUCUUUGGGUGCAGCACAGGACUACAGCUGCCAAUCAACGAUCUGCAGCUCAACUGGAGAAACGGCACCAAUACCAGCAUAAUCAAGGGGUCAUCCCUAGGUAGCUUGGUGAUAUGUUUAGAGCCUAGCUUUCCCGGGCUUAUGUCACUUCCACACUCUCAUUGGGAUGCGUUCAAGAAAUUAGCGGGUGGGAAGGCUCUCGAAGGGGACGAGGGCAGAAGCACUUUCAUGAUCAAUCCUGGGACGAUGAUGUUCGAGAAGGAAAAUAUAUACGACGGCGAUCUGACAAUUGAGAUGUUUGAUGACGUUAGAUUCCGGAUUCCAAACACAGACCUCGUCGUCCCGCCCGCGUACAUCUCAAGCAAUGGCACAAUUAUCGCCAACUCCUCAAUCCGUAAUAUUGUCAUUAAAGGCCUUGAUGAAGGCAGAAAUGACGCGCUGAUGCUGGGAAAAACAUUCUUGUCGAGUGCGUACUUGUUGGUAAACCACGACAAAAACAGCUUCACACUGUGGGCCGCUUUAACAAGCGCUAAUGGCGACGGGAUUCGCUCCAAUGGAUCUUUAGUCGCUGUGGCAUCGAAUGGAAACGAGACAACUGAGUUUUGUGAAGGCAGUUUUGGCGGAAAUAGCAAUCCGACGACGUCAUCUUUGCCUUUCCCUUCCUCAUCUUCGGAUCUUGGAAGGGACGGAAAGGAGCUCUCCAAAGGCAGCAUUGCAGGGAUAGCUAUAGGAUCUGCAAUUGCGUUUGCCUUGGUCGCCGGUAUCGCAUGGAAGCUUUGGCGCACGAAACGGAACGGAUCGAGAAAGAAUAGGGAAGUGGUUUAUGAAUGGGACCAAGGUCCAAGCCCAUCAAAGUACGCUAGUCAUGCUCCACCAUUAGAACUGGUGGAGAUGGGUACUGAGCAAAGUGUCAGCGAGCUGGUGGCGGAAGAAAGGGUGAGUGAGUUAGCGGUGGAAGAAAGGGUUAGUGAGCAGCGAGAUGAUGAUGAUCACGUAGUAGUAGGGCUUGCAUGUUGA